AUGGUCGCUAUCCCCCUUCUUGUCAUUUCUUGGGUCCUCGGGGCGUUUGCUCAGAGUCCUCAUAGUAUCCCUGGAUUUCAAUACACCGGCUGCUCCUCCAUUGACCUUUCCUGCUUUGGAGACCCUAUCAUCUUUCCCGAUGGCUGUGCUACUCCAGAAGCUUGCCAGAAGGCAUGCGAAGGUUUCCAGUUUGCUGCUCUUUUGAAUGAGGAAUGCCGAUGCGGAAAUGAUCCAACCGCCAUCUCUUCUCAGGACGAAAGCAUGUGUGACCACUUUUGCGAAAAUAACCCGAUUGUUGGCUGCUGUGGUAACUCGUGCCCAGAUGAGAAUCCCGGCAUUGCAAAUGUCUACGUAAAAGAGCCUGUUCUUGCACAGUAUACUGCCGCCACCAACGCCGCUACUACGAAGUCAUCUUCGUCACUGUCAACGGCAGCUCCUGUCAGCUCGCAGCUCAUUACUCCUGCUGGAACAGCACCUGAACCACAGAGCCGAUCCAGUGCUCUGGCCACUUCACAGUCCGCGGCCACGCAGUCUUCUGAGCCUUGCCAACCAUCUCAGCCCUCGCAGUACCAGACUGCCGAAGGACCGGCGCCAGAGCCCCAGGUAUACAGCACUUCAGCUGUAGAUGCUCUCCAGAUCACUGCACCGGGUCCUUCAGGAUCGGUACCCGCAGUCCGCCAAUACGAGACUACUAUGUCGGCCAAAACAGCGCCCACCAACAAACCUUAUGGGGAGUCGCCUGUCCCUUCCCAGGUACCAGGGUCAGAUUCCGCCUCUGUCUGUCUUCCUUCAUUCUCCUCCAUUGGUGGUCUUGCAAUCAUUGCGGUCAUGAUGAUGUGA